AUGGGAUCGCAGAAGUGCUUCGAGUGCCGCUGCCCGACACACAGCCACAGCUCGGGGCUCGUUCCUGCCAGGCCCUGCGUUCACCAAUGUUCCAGCACGCUAACGCCACCCGAAAGUGUGAUUUAUGAAAGCCGCCAACCCGAGUGGCGCAAGGUCAAGUUCGCCUUAGACCCUCCCCCCAGUGCGGGGGCGGGGCGGGCAGGUCCCGCGGUGCCCCACCGUAAAGGCGCCGUGCGUGCGGAGGCCUGGCGCGGGCCUCGCCGGGCCUGGGGUGCGGGGCCGCACGCUGGCCGAGAGCCACAGUUCGGCUCCGCCGGGCCCCCGGUCCCCGGCAGUCCCCCGAGGUUCGCCGAGUACCCUGCGGAGCCCCGCGACGCGCAGGUAAGCGCAGCCGGGGCCGGGCCUGUUCAGCCCCCUUUGGCCCUGGCGGGCGCCCGCCAACACCUGGCCCUCGCCGGGGGCGACCGGUGCCGGCGGGGAGCGGAGCCCGGUGGCCAGUCCGGGUGGGAGGACCUCCAGAACACCGCCUCUCUACCGCCGGCUCCGCCCAUUCUCUCCACCGCGUUACCAACCUCCCCCCAGCACCCCUAUGGCUCAGCCCCCGGAGCCCACCUUUGGCGUUCGUGCACUCAACAAAUACAAAUAAGGACCUGCCAAAUCCUGCAUACCAUUGAGUGCCCGCCACUGGGCUCAGGCCUGAGGGUACAGUGCGGGCCAACGAACUUGGUUCCCCCGCCUCCGCGGAGCUCGCAGUCUGAUAGAAGAGACCCACAGCAAAUAGGCAGGGUGGCUGCUGCAGCGGGUGUGGAUGUGUCCGACAGGAUGAAGAGCCGAAUCCCCGUGGUGCUCCUGGCCUGUGGCUCCUUCAACCCCAUCACCAACAUGCACCUGCGCUUGUUUGAGGUGGCCAGAGACCACCUUCACCUGACAGGCAGGUACCAGGUGAUCGGGGGUAUCAUCUCCCCUGUCAAUGACAACUACGGGAAGAAAGAACUCGUGGCUGCCCGGCACCGGGUGGCCAUGGCCCGGCUGGCCCUGCAGACGUCCGACUGGAUCCGGGUGGACACCUGGGAGAGUGAGCAGGCGCAGUGGACGGAGACGGUCAAAGUGCUGAGGCAUCAUCACAGCCAACUGCUCAGAUCUCUGCCCUGGACGGAAGGCCCGGACCACAGCAAGGCCGGCUCCCCAGCCCCCGCAGGUGUCCCUGAGCUGAAGCUCCUCUGCGGGGCAGAUGUCCUAAAGACCUUCCAGACCCCCAACCUGUGGAAAGACACGCACAUCCAGGAAAUAGUGGAGAAGUUCGGCUUGGUGUGCGUGGGCCGGGCAGGGCAUGACCCAAAGGGGUACAUCUUGGGCUCGCCCAUCCUGCAAAGGUACCAGAACAACAUCCACCUAGCUAGGGAGCCCGUGCAGAACGAGAUCAGCGCCACGUACGUCAGGUGGGCCCUGGGCCAAGGGCAGAGUGUGAAGUACCUGCUCCCCGAUGCCGUCAUCUCCUACAUCAAGGAGCACAACCUCUACACCAGGGACACUGACCCGGAAAAGGAAUGAAAUUUAACGGAGCUGCGGAGGGCCAGUCCCUCCUCCUCCACUGGCUCGUCCUGAGGACGGGGCGCUUACAGUCUUUGUUUUCCAAAAUUUUUCCCUUAUUCAUUUGGUUUGUUUCAACAGUGAUUUUGCUUCUGAGGCAUCUUCUGUCCCAGGAAGAGAUACCUUCCUCGGGGAGGAGCAAAUGCCUGCAUCACAGGGUGGACAUUUAUCAUAGAAGUUAAAGUGGUGUGGCCGGUCGCCAAGAUUAGACAGAAGUUCUCAGAACCUCUGGAUGAAGAGACGUUCUUAUUUUGUAAAUGCUAGCUGUGGCUGCACACUGAAGGCAGUUCUGUGCAUGGCAGGGGCCCCCGAGGGUCAGGUCAGAAUUGCCCACAAAGCGUUCUUUAACUAGGACCAGGUGCAGCUUGCUGGUCUUGAUUGGAGAGACUUGACAGGAUGCUAAUUACCAAACAGUGGGCUUUGUCAAUGCCUUGUUUCAACAAAAUAAUGCUCAUAGAGGAGUCCAAAAUUUGGAAGCAGCACUUUGUUGAUUGACACUGAAUCUUCCUUUACGAACCAUUGUCUGCCUGUCUACUGGCCACUGAUAAAAUUUAAACUAAAAUCUAAGUAGUGAUCCUCAAUAUUUUGAUACAAUACAUAUAUAUAUACACAUAUUUUUAAACACAGCUAUUCUAUAAAUGCCAGAGCGCCUGACUUCCAGGUUUCUAAAAAAGAACUGAGGUAAAACAGAUGCUUUGACUCUUUUAGAGGAUCUUUUUGAAUGUUUUAUGACUGCCUGCCUGUUUGAAUAUUGGCGAAGGAAUAAAUAAUAAAUCAACAUCAAAAAGUACUAAUGAAAAGUUUCUCUUUUUUCUUUCUUUGUUAUAUUAUUAAUGCCUGAUGUACCAGCUGUUGCUUUUCUUUUUUAGCUACUCCAUGAAAUGUGCUGCUGUUGCAAUCGAACUGGCGUGAAUUUAAAAGUUUCCAUUCCCAGGUACCAGCCAUGGAGGACCCAAUUGCUGUUCAACACCAAGCAAAUGGUUCUCUAAGCUUUGGGCCGACGGCUCUGUUCAGGUGAGCCCCAAAAGGUGCCCACAGGAGCUGGUGUGUGUGUUCAGGAUUUUCCCUUCCACUCCCGAUGAGGAAGAGGUUUUGACUAGCCAGACUCUGAGUUUACUCUUUCCACUUGCUGACCAAGUGACUGAACGCAGUUAGAAUUUCCUUCUCUAGGAUUUUACCCUGGUUCAUCCUUGCUACAAAUUUAAUCGUGGAGAAACACAAAGGGUCAGUGGGAAGAAUCUAGUAUCUCCCCAAAUAUAUCCCAGUGUCUGCAGGUGUGUCAGGAUGGACAUGAGUGAAGUAGGAAAUCAGAGUUUCCUGCAGGGAGAGUAGUGGGGCCCUCCCGUGGGAGGCUCGAGAUGUCCACCCCUGCAACCUCUAAAGCUGCUGGCCAUCCCCCACCCUGAUGAGCUCUGCCCUCAAGAGCUCCCUAAGGACCCUGAUAAUUCAUGGGAAUAGGACUCAAACAGCCCUGCCCAAAAGCUGGCACAGCAAGCUGGGAGAUGUUGACUAGCUCCCUUCCCCACUGUGAGCCUCAGUUUCCCAAUCUCUAAAAUUGGGAGGUUUGAUUAUACAUCCUCUAAAUUAUCUUCCAGCUGCUUUUCUAAGACCCUCAGUGCCUCUGACUUCAGGCUCUCCACGCUUCUUUGGGUCCAGUACACUUCUAGCCCCACUGGAAGCUCCCCAAGGGCAGGAGUCUUUGUUUUCUUUGCUGCUGUAUCCUAAGUGCCAAGAAAUUUGCUACUCCAAGUGUGGUCCCAGGCCCAGCGUUUUCACCCCCUGGGAGCUGGUUAGAAAUGCAGACUCUCAGGGUCCUCCCCAGACCUACUGACUCAGUAUCUGUAUU